CACGACACUUAAAAUCACUUCUAAACCUGUCACAACCUUGCUCUACCUAACCUCACUUUAUAAUGCUGUCAACCCAUGAUAACCUAUAAAUUGUUUUCUGUUAUUCCAAGGGCCAAAAUAUCCUUAAAAACUUACUAAGGACAUCAACAAUGAACAUAAUAAGACAAACUGUGUUAAAAAGGUCCCACAGGGGUCUUUCGACGCUCCCAAGUGCAACAACAGUGGCCCCAAUUGAACCCAUAGAAGAACCCGACCGCCUAAUAAGAACCCUGGAGCUGGAAUGUAAAAGUAACGAACCGGCAGUGCUGAGGAGCUUUUGCAAGUUUGCUCUGUCUGUCGGGAACAAUUUUGGUAUCGAAUGUAAAUCGUGGACCCCAAAGAAACCCAUCCAUGAAAGAUACACAGUCUUAAAGGUAGUGCACAUUUUCAAAAAACACCGGGUUCAGUACGAGACUAGAACUUAUUUUUCAUUCGUGCAGUAUCAAAAAAUGACCGGUUCAACGGCUGACACUUUACUUGAAUAUGUCCAAAGGAAUUUGCCCGAAGGGGUGGCCUUAAAGGCCACAAAGGUGGAGGUGCAAGAGAUCCCCGAGCAUUUGAGGGAAAACGAGAGGCAAGAUAGUUGAUUUUAGGUUAAGAGUAGUUAGUAAUAAUGUGAAUACAUAUUAUAGAAUGUGUUUUAAGGUC